GACGUGAUGUUGGAGAACUACAGGAACCUGCUCUCUCUGGCAGGAAACUCUGUUCCUGACCUGAGUGUUAUCUUCACGUUGGAACAAGGGAAGGAGCCUUGUCAAGUGAAAAUAGCAAGAAAAUCAAAUGGGCAGGAAUUGAUCAAAGGUGUGAACACAGGAAUCUCUCCUAAAUAUCUCAUCAAGCAGUUCUCACCAAAAGGGGACAGUAAUAUAAGAGAAAUAUUCCACACAGUGACAUUGGAAAGAUAUGAAAGGCGUGAUACCAAAGAUUUUUGCUUCAGGGAAAUGCAGAAAAGUACACAUGUCUCUGAGUGUCAGUGGAGAGAAGAUGAAAGACAUUACAAAGGAGUGCAUAUCACCCGUAACCAAUAUCUCACUGGUGGAAGGGAUCAAUGUGGUGGAAGAGAUGUGGGAAACAAUCCUGUUAAAAACCAGCAUGGAUUAAGCUUUCAGUCAGAUGUUCCUGAACUGCAGCUAUUUCAAACUGAAGGAAAAAUUUAUGAAUGUAAUCCUGUUGAGAUGUCUUUGAACAAUGGUUCCUUAGUUUCACCACCCCAAAUAAACCCUUCUAAUGUCAAAAAUGACAUUUCUCAUGAAUAUGAAAAUGAUUUUAUGGAUUCUUUAGUAUUCAGACAAGAACAGAAAGCAACCAUGAGGACAAAAUGUUCCAAAUAUAAUGAGCAUGUAAAGGCCUUUAACCAAGGCUCAAACCAUACUAUGUAUCAAAUAAUCCAUACCGGAGAGAAACAAUUUAAAUGUGAUAUAUGUGGUAAGGUCUUUAAUAAAAAAGCAGUUCUAAUCUGUCAUAAAAGAAUUCACACUGGAGAGAAACCUUACAAAUGUAAUGAAUGUGGCAAGGUGUUCAGUCAGCAGUCAAACCUUGGAAGUCAUCGGAGAAUUCAUACUGGAGAGAAACCUUACAAAUGUAAUGAAUGUGGCAAGGUAUUUAGUAAGGAUUCACACCUUGCAAGUCAUCGGAGAAUUCAUACAGGAGAGAAACCUUACAAAUGUAAUGAAUGUGGCAAGGUGUUCAGUCAGAAUUCACACUUUGUACGCCAUCAGAGAAUUCAUACAGGAGAGAAACCUUACAAAUGUAAUGAAUGUGGGAAGGUGUUCAGCCAACAUUCAAACCUUGCAAGUCACUGGAGAAUUCAUACUGGAGAGAAACCAUACAAAUGUAAUGACUGUGGCAAGGUGUUCAGUAAGGAUUCAUACCUUGCAAGUCAUCGGAGAAUUCAUACCGGAGAGAAACCUUACAAAUGUAAUGAUUGUGGCAAGGUGUUUAGUCAACAUUCAAACCUUGCAAGUCAUCGGAGGAUUCACACUGGAGAGAAACCUUACAAAUGUAAUGAAUGUGGCAAGACGUUCAGUCAACAUUCACAUCUUGCAUGUCAUCGGAGAAUUCAUACUGGAGAGAAACCUUACAAGUGUCAUGAUUGUGGCAAGGUAUUCCGUCAACAUUCAUACCUUGGAAGUCAUCGGAGAAUUCAUACUGGAGAGAAACCUUACAAGUGUCAUGAUUGUGGCAAGGUAUUCCGUCAACAUUCAUACCUUGGAAGUCAUCGGAGAAUUCAUACUGGAGAGAAACCUUAUAAAUGUAAUCAGUGUGGCAAGGUGUUUAAUCAACAUUCAUACCUUGCAAAGCAUCGGAGAAUUCAUACUGGAGAGCCUUCUAACAAAUGUAAUAUAUGUGGUAAAGUGUUCAGUAAAAAUGCAAGCCUUGUACAACAUCUAUUAAUUCACACUGGAGAGAAACCUUACAAAUGCAACGAGUGUGGCAAAGCUUUUCCUUUACAUUCAAGGCUUACUAACCAUCAGUUAAUCCAUAGUGGAGAGAAACCUUACAAAUGUAAUGAAUGUGGCAAGGCGUUCAGUCAACAUUCACAUCUUGCAUGUCAUCGGAGAAUUCAUACUGGAGAGAAACCUUAUAAAUGUAAUCAGUGUGGCAAGGUGUUUAAUCAACAUUCAUACCUUGCAAAGCAUCGGAGAAUUCAUACUGGAGAGCCUUCUAACAAAUGUAAUAUAUGUGGUAAAGUGUUCAGUAAAAAUGCAAGCCUUGUACAACAUCUAUUAAUUCACACUGGAGAGAAACCUUACAAAUGCAACGAGUGUGGCAAAGCUUUUCCUUUACAUUCAAGGCUUACUAACCAUCAGUUAAUCCAUAGUGGAGAGAAACCUUACAAAUGUAAUGAAUGUGGCAAGGGUUUCAGUUACAAGUCAUCCCUAGCAAAUCACUGGAAAAUUCAUACUGGAGAAAAACCUCACAAGUGUAAUGUAUGUGGCAAAGCCUUUAGUCUGCAGUCAACACUUAUUAAGCAUCAGGUAAUCCAUACUGGAGAGAAACCUUACAAAUGUAAUGAAUGUGGCAAGGCCUUUAAUCAACGCUCACACCUUACUGUACAUCAAAUAAUCUUUCUUGUAUGUCAUCUGAGAAUUCACACUGGAGAGAAACCUUCCAAAUGUAAUGAAUGUGGCAAGUUCUUCAAACAUAAUUCACACCUUGCACGACAUCAGAGAAUUCAUUCUGGAGAGAAACCUUACAAAUGUAAUGAAUGUGGCAAGGCCUUUAAUCAAUGCUCACAACUUACUGUGCACCAAAUAAUCUGUAGUGGGGAGAAACAAUUUAAAUGUGACACAUGUGGGAAGGUCUUCAAUAAAAAAGCAGUUCUUGUAUGUCAUCUGAGAAUUCACACUGGAGAGAAACCUUCCAAAUGUAAUGAAUGUGGCAAGUUCUUCAAACAUAAUUCACACCUUGCACGACAUCAGGUAAUCCAUACUGGAGAGAAACCUUACAAAUGUAAUGAAUGUGGCAAGGCCUUUAAUCAAUGCUCACAACUUACUGUGCACCAAAUAAUCUGUAGUGGGGAGAAACAAUUUAAAUGUGACACAUGUGGGAAGGUCUUCAAUAAAAAAGCAGUUCUUGUAUGUCAUCUGAGAAUUCACACUGGAGAGAAACCUUCCAAAUGUAAUGAAUGUGGCAAGUUCUUCAAACAUAAUUCACACCUUGCACAACAUGAGGUAAUCCAUACUGGAGAGAAACCUUACAAAUGUAAUGAAUGUGGCAAGGCCUUUAAUCAACGCUCACACCUUACUGUACAUCAAAUAAUCUUUCUUGUAUGUCAUCUGAGAAUUCACACUGGAGAAAAACCUUACAAAUGUAAUGAAUGUGGCAAGUUCUUUAAACAUAAUUCACACCUUGCACAGCAUCAGAGAAUUCAUUCUGGAGAGAAACCUUACAAAUGUAAUGAAUGUGGCAAGUUCUUCAAACAUAAUUCACACCUUGCACAACAUGAGAGAAUUCAUUCUGGAGAGAAACCUUACAAAUGUAAUGAAUGUGGCAAAGGCUUUAGUUACAAGUCAUCCCUAGCAAAUCACUGGAGAAUUCAUACUGGAGAGAAACCUUACAAGUGUAAUGAAUGUGGGAAAGCUUUUAGUUUGCGAUCAACACUUAUUAAGCAUCAGGUAAUCCAUACUGGAGAGAAACCGUACAAAUGUAAUGAAUGUGGCAAGGUAUUCAGUCAACAUUCAAGCCUUGCAUGUCAUCGGAGAAUCCACACUGGAGAGAAACCGUACAAAUGUAAUGAAUGUGGCAAGAUGUUCAGUCAACAUUCACAUCUUGCAUGUCAUCGGAGAAUUCAUACUGGAGAGAAACCUUACAAAUGUCAUGAAUGUGGCAAGGUAUUCAGUCAACAUUUAUAUCUUGCAAAGCAUCAGAGAAUUCAUACUGGAGAGAAACCUUACAAAUGUAAUGAAUGUGGCAAGGUAUUCAGUCAACAUUUAUAUCUUGCAAAACAUCGGAGAAUUCAUACUGGUGAGAAACCUUACAAAUGUAAUGAAUGUGGCAAGGUAUUCAGUCAACAUUCAUAUCUUGCAAAGCAUCGGAGAAUUCAUACUGGAGAGAAUCCUAACAAAUGUAAUACCUGUGGUAAGGUGUUCAGUAAAAAUGCAAGCCUUGUACAACAUUUACUAAUUCAUACUGAGAGAAACCUUACAAAUGUAGUGAGUGUGGCAAAGCCUUUUCUUUACAUUCAAGGCUUACUGACCAUCAGUUAA